UUACCGGCCCGGUCAGGUACUCCUCCCUCUAGACAUCUCCAUAUCCGAUAACUUGCAAGACUAUACCGGUUGUGCCCGCUUCAGUUCCUCGCGCAUACCCGCCCCCUCCCGUUUAUAUCGCCGUCAUGGCCGAACUCGAUACGCUGGACCUCGUGGUCCUGGCGGCCAUCCUUUUCGGAACGGUCGCCUACUUCACAAAGGGCAAACUGUGGGGCGUUACAAAGGAUCCUUAUGCGAGCUCUCUGGCCAAUGCCAGCAGCGCAAAGGCUGGCAAGACAAGAAACAUUGUGGAGAAGAUGGAGGAGCAGGGCAAGAACUGCAUCAUUUUCUACGGAUCUCAAACCGGUACUGCUGAGGAUUAUGCUUCGAGACUGGCCAAGGAGGGCAAGAGCCGGUUCGGCCUUGAAACCAUGGUUGCCGACCUUGAGGAAUACGACUUCGACAAUCUUGAUACUAUUCCUGACGACAAGGUGGUGUUCUUCGUACUCGCCACCUAUGGUGAGGGUGAGCCUACUGAUAACGCUGUGGAUUUCUACGAGUUCAUCACCAACGAAGACGUCAACUUCACGGAGGGCAACGAACCUGCGCUUGGCAACCUGAACUAUGUCACGUUCGGUCUCGGAAACAACACCUAUGAGCACUACAACUCCAUGGUUCGCAAUGUGGACAAGGCUCUCCAGAAGCUGGGUGCCCACCGUAUCGGAGAUGCUGGCGAGGGUGAUGAUGGCGCUGGUACCAUGGAAGAAGAUUUCUUGGCCUGGAAGGAACCCAUGUGGAAGGCUCUCGCUGAGAGGAUGGGUUUGGAGGAGCGCGAGGCCGUUUACGAGCCCGUCUUCAGCAUCGUCGAAAGGGAGGGCCUGACCAAGGAGUCCCCUGAAGUCUAUCUCGGUGAACCCAACAAGAUGCAUCUCGAUGGAACCGCCAAGGGUCCCUUCAACGCCCACAACCCGUACAUCGCUCCCAUCGCCCAGUCCUACGAGCUCUUCUCCGUCAAGGACCGCAACUGUCUCCACAUGGAUAUCGAUAUCAGCGGCUCUAACCUCAACUACCAGACUGGUGACCACAUCGCUGUUUGGCCCACGAACCCUGGUGAGGAGGUCGAUCGCUUUAUGAACGUCCUGGGUCUCUCCGAAAAGCGCCACACUGUUGUCAGCGUCAAGGCUCUCGAGCCUACCGCCAAGGUUCCCUUCCCGACUCCCACCACCUAUGACGCUAUCGUUCGCUACCACAUGGAAAUCUGCGCUCCAGUGUCUCGUCAAUUCCUCGCCCAACUCGCUGCUUUUGCUCCCGAUGCAGAGGCAAGGGCCGAGAUGACCAAGCUCGGCGCCGAAAAGGAUUACUUCUACGAGAAGAUCAGUCUUCACCAUCUCAACAUUGCCAGAGUCUUGGAAAUUGUUGGCAAGGGUCAGAAAUGGACCAACAUCCCCUUCUCUGCUUUUAUUGAGGGCAUCACCAAGCUUCAGCCCCGCUACUACUCCAUCUCGUCCUCAUCCCUUGAACAGCCCAAGAAGAUUUCCAUCACUGCCGUUGUCGAAAGUACCCAGCUUCCUGGUCGUGAUGACCCCUUCCGCGGUGUUGCCACCAACUACCUCCUCGCGCUCAAACAGAAGCAGAACGGCGAGCCCGAACCUUGCCCUUUUGGUCUUUCCUACGAACUCACUGGCCCCCGUAACAAGUACGAUGGUAUCCACGUCCCCGUUCACGUCCGCCACUCCAACUUCAAGCUCCCCUCGGAUCCCUCCAAGCCCAUCAUCUGCAUCGGUCCCGGUACCGGUGUUGCGCCCAUGCGUGGCUUCAUUCGUGAGCGCGUCCAGCAGGUCAAGAACGGCGAGAAGGUUGGCAAGACUCUGCUCUUCUUUGGCUGCCGCAAGUCUACCGAGGACUUCAUGUACAAGAACGAAUGGGAGGAAGCCAAGGAGAUCCUCGGCGACAACUUCGAGCUCAUCACCGCCUUCUCCCGCGAGGGCCCCAAGAAGGUCUACGUCCAGCACCGUCUCAAGGAAAGGGCCGAGGAGAUCAACCAGCUUCUCGAGCAAAAGGCCUACUUCUACGUCUGCGGCGACGCUGCCAACAUGGCACGCGAGGUCAACACCGUCCUGAGCCAGAUCAUUUCCGAGCAACGAGGCAUCCCCGAGGCCAAGGCCGAGGAGAUUGUCAAGAACAUGAGGUCAUCGAAUCAGUACCAGGAUGUCUGGUCAUAACCUAUAUAUAUGCAGUUAUAGUAGAUGCAAAUAAGAUCAAGAAUGUGAUCCGAUAGAGAAGGUUGGAAGGCAUGGGGAUGGAAGACACUAGACACACCCUUUUUUUGACUCUUUUUUCUUAUGGAUAGUCGGGAUUAUCUUCUAGUGAACCAGCUCCGGAUGCAAUAGCAAAUACCCACCAACAAGCGCACAUUCAUAAGGAACAUCAUCAUCCAUCGAGAUUUUGUGUAUUCUUUGGGUGUGUGGUUGUUCUUCUGUGCCAUGGCCUGACUAAGUAUUGAACUAAGCUAGACGGCAGACUGCGUCAAUCACACACGCGCGGAUACAUGUACAUAGCGUCAAAGGGUUACAUGUACACUCCCUCAUCUCACCACAGUGGUUGGUGUUCGAAACGAGAAGGAAUAUCUGGCGGGGCGUUGCCUUGCGCGUCAUCUUGCUGAUAAUACAAUACAUCCUCAGCAAUUUG